AACCCUGACUAUUUUAUAACUUCUAUGGGCGUAGUUGGUAGCACUGGUUUAAAAAAAAAAUGAUUGAAAGAAGCAUUCUCUGUUUUUAAAAAUUUGUGUUCUCUUUUAUUUGAUUUUUUUGUUAUAAACUUUGUUAUGCACAUCUACAGGAGCCGAAUUACGAAGUUAAAGGUUUAAAAGUUUGUUUAUAAACAGAAUAAUGAGCCAUUCGCACGAGAAUUCGGCAUCUCAACAGGAAAGUAAAGAAAACAGCAAUGUUCUCUCCCAACAGUUACAAGAUUACACGGUUUUAAUUAAGCAGAGAGUUCAAUUCUACAGGGAAGAAAAUACGAAAAUGGACGAGAUUUUUAAGAAAUUAAAAUUGCUCACCGAUGAGCUUAGAAUAUCCGGUCUAGGAGGUUGUGUGGAUAAUAUUGAUAAGCUCGUCUCCGAGUACGAAGCAAAGUACCUAAACCCUGAUAAUGCUGCAUUAAAUCAAGCAGAGAAGUUGAGGAAACACAACAACUACCUUUCAAAGUUAAAGAUAUGUAUCCGAUAUUACACCAACCUUAAUGAUACGUUAUCGAAAGAAAUAAAAUAUGUUAGAAGUGAGCUUGAUAAAUCUAAAGAAAAUGUAAACAGCAUUUUGAAGUUAUCUUCCGAAGAUGUACAACAGUUAGAAGAAAAAGCCAGGAAAUAUGAGAAUGAACUUAUUAAAUUUGAAAAAAAAUAUCCCUGGCUAAAGAAUCCAGAGUUUGAUUUACCCAACAUAUCGAAAUAUGUUGACACGUUAAAAGCACUGAAAGAGGAAAAAGACAGCUUGGUGAAGGAGUUAAGUAUCUAUCAGGAUUUGAAACCCGAUAUAAAAAAGGCUGGUGAACAGUUGGCUGAACUGAAGGAACAAGUCAAGUCGAUGAAACUGUUCGAACAGAAUUAGUUAGAUAAGUAGCUUUAUAUAGAUGUAAAAUUGUCUUUUUUUUUUUUCUUUUAAAUGAAAUAGCCUUGCCAAAAUCAUGUUUUAGGGUAUUUGUGAGACCAGUAUGUGAUUUAGUUCUGUUUUAAAAUAGUUUUUGUGUCUUUUUAUUAGCAGGGAAUACAGUUAUUUCCUUGUACAGGGUCAGGGGUUUGGCAAUAAUGCGUCGAGCAUCUGUAGCUCUUGUAAUAAAAAGGUUGGGAAUUUUUAGGAAGUGCAUAACUAAAUUAUGUAUUAGAAUGUAUUUCAGGAAAAUAUUUUAACUUCUAUAAAAUGGCUCAAAAAUUUGUGUGUGGAUUGGGAUUAUUUUUUUAAAUGGAACAUCCUGUAUAUUAUUGUAUUUUUGUUUUUCUCUCUUAUUAGUUUAUAUAAUCCUAGGAGAGAUAUUAUUGGAUAUGUUUUGAUAGUUUUAGAGAUAAAAUAAAAAUUAAAAAAAAAUAUUUUUAAGAAAAAUUA